UCUGCUCCAGGCAGUUAAGAGGAUAAAUAAUUGCAUACCUCAGCUCCAAGAUGAAAAUAACUCUUACAUUAGUUUCUUGUAUACUUUUUGGAGUUAGUGUUACAUCGAGCAAAGGACACAUUGGAGGAAGUCUAGAGAGAUGUACAUGCCAUGGACAAAGACAAAGAGUCAGACGACAACUGAUCGGAAAAGUCCAAGUUCUGCCACCAAGUGUGUCCUGUUCAAAGUUGGAAAUUUUGGUUACCUUGAAAAACAACAAGAAGGCCUGCGUGAACCCAGAAGGGAAACAAGGGAAACGUUUCCUCAAACUUCAAAGUGAUGGCAAACAAGGCAAAAGACGAAACCCCGGACCUAAAAAGAGACAAAACCGGAAGAAGCAAAGCUGAUAGGCCUACAUGGACGGGGCAGGCCUGAAAUCAUGUUACAAGGGUGCACUCCUGUACAUUUGUACAAAGGAGAGGUCUGUCCAACCUGUCAGUAGUGGAGCUCUAAACAUAGGCGUGGUAGCACUGUGAUUGCUUAAGGCAUUUUGUGGUUACUGUUUGCUCAUAAUUUGUUUUCAUAAUGUACAUAGUUCUCUGUAGUGAAGUUCUACUACCUCUUUUCUGUGAUAUAUAUUUUAAUUGAAAUAAAAACAUGUUAAUAUUAA